AGUUUACCUAUAUAGCACUUCUGAAUAAGUGAUAGGUCCUGGUCUAUGAUACAGAGAAAUAGCAAGAACAAAGGCGAGAGAAAGGUAUAUAUUUGAAAACUUUGCAACUACCUUCCAUUAAGCAGUUUAUCGAUAAGCAGCUUUGUCACAAUUUACAUUUAUUAUUGCAUUAUGUUGACUGAAAAACAGCUCCGAAUGUUACGAAGUGCAGUAGUUUACGAUGCAAGUAAAGUUCCAACUGAUCUGCCCGAGUUUAAUGUGACUGAUGAGAGUAGUGUUAAGGAUUUGCAAAAUAAAACUAAUCGACGCUUAGAUAAAAUUAAACACAAACUUCAAUUUGAUGAAUAUAACUUCAUCGAAGAAUGCGACAUCGGUUCACUUACUGGGAAGCAGAUCUUGCAGUUGUUCAUGAAAAUAUUGAACGACCCAACAAAAUAUAUAAUUGGAAAUUGCCUUUUAUUCUCUGUUAAUGAAAAGGCUGAAGUAGCUUUUGCCAUUAACGAUACAAGAUUUUUUGAGGUUCAAACAGCUAAGCGUGAAAAUCUUUGCGAUAAAAGCAUGUACGAAAAGAUUUUUGACGAUGGAGAAGUUGCUAAGUAUCUAAAAGAAAACAAGUCUUGGUCAAUAUAUUUCAGUCCAGAUGAAAUGAGAAGCAUUCGAAACCAAGUACCUAAUCACUUGCAUACAUUUAUGAACGACCCCGUUGGUAUUUGUGACACAAAUUAUCGACGUGCCUUCUUGGGUAUGCUUCAGGAGGUAGCAAGGGUGGAAAUACACAGAGAAGGAGCGAUAGACGAAGUUGUACAACUACAGCAGGUUCCAGUUGCAGCUUGCGUUAAGUUAGCUGUUGAAUCUCAACAAACUGGAAAGCUACAACAAGUGUUUGGAUCGCAUGGUAUUCAUAAAAAAAUUACACAUGAAAUCAAACGAAAACACGCAAUGGAGCACGGUGCUGGCGAAAUAUCUGGCGAUGAGUUGUAUAAGCGGACACUACAGGAAAAGAAAAGAUUGAAAUUUGAAGCGGCUGAAGAAAUUAUACAAAGUUUUUUCAUGGAACGGAAUGAAGAUCGAAGGUACAACGACGACGUCAUCGAGCAAGUGGCAAACGAUGUGAGAGAAUUCUUCAUGUGAUUUGUUGAAAGUAGACAAUGAAACUGGCACAUAUAGUAGGGUAGAGAAAAUGGGACAUACCUUUUCAUUCUGUAUUCUCGUCCCAUUUGGUAGUAAACAAAGAAUAUUCAAAGAAUUUUGAAGCUAUAUUCUUACA